UUGCAGACAAUUGCSACUGCAAUACCUGGARUAAUUUUUUUGUUAUGCAUGUAUGCAACAGAGUUCUGGCAAGCACUGGCAUGCAUGUCUCUAUUUUUUUGUCUAUCUGGAUUUGAGUCUAGUGGAUCUAUAUGUAAUAUCCAGGAUCUUUCACCAACAUUUGCAGGAUCUAUUAGUGGCAUGGUAUUUUUUUUUACCUCACUACCAGGUAUUGUAGGGGUAUAUCUGACAGGAUACAUCCUUCAUGCAACUGGUAGCUGGCAUGUAGUAUUUCAAUUAACAGCCGUUAUAUGUUUCUUUGGCAAUAUAGUAUACGUCAUAUUUGCAACAAGUAGGAGAAUAGCGUAGUCAUUAAAUUUAUUAUAAACAAAAUUUGUAAAUUUUUUUUGUAGACAUUUGUUUUGCCAAGACCUCAAAGGACUUGGAAAUAACUCUAAAUGU